UUUGCGCGAGAGCUCCCGGGAUCUCCACGUCUUCAGGCUUCAACAUACACUGGACUGUUUAUAUAUUUUGCUUUUGUGUGUGUUUGUGAAUAAAAUACGUUUGGAACUCGGAGACACCGUUGCCUCCGUCCUUUGUUCGAUAAAUAAACAUCUUUACGUGUUAGUAGUUAAGCGUCAGUGAAAACUGUCUUGAAAAAUAAGAAUCUGAGCAUCCACGAAGAUGUCAACAACAGAAGGAAACAAGAAUACAAACAGCACAGAGUCGUGGGGAGGCUUCGAUGACAACCCGAUUCAGGGUGGCGGCUCUGCGGUGAUCGACAUGGAGAACAUGGACGACACCUCGGGGUCAAGUUUCGAGGACAUGGGGGAGAUGCAUCAGCGAAUGAAAGAGGAAGAGGAGGUGUCGGAGGAGGCUGCGGCGACAGAGGAAGGGGAUGACGGAGAGUUCUUAGGCAUGAAGGGGGUCAAGGGGCAGCUCGGUCGGCAGGUUGCCGAUGAGGUGUGGCAGGCUGGUAAGAGGCAGGCAUCGAAGGCUUUUAACCUGUAUGCCAACAUCGACAUCCUCAGACCCUACUUUGAUGUUGAGCCUAUCCAGGUCAGGAACAGGUUAUUGGAGUCUCUGAUACCCAUCCGAAUAAUUAACUUCCCACAGAAAAUUGCUGGAGAACUUUAUGGGCCCCUGAUGCUUGUUUUUACAUUGGUUGCCAUUCUCCUGCAUGGAAUGAAGACGUCUGGAACUGUCAUCAGAGAAGGCACAUUGAUGGGCACGGCUAUAGGCACCUGUUUCGGAUACUGGAUUGGCGUCUCCUCCUUUAUCUAUUUCCUGGCGUACUUGUGCAAUGCUCAGAUCACCAUGCUGCAGAUGUUGUCACUUCUGGGUUAUGGUCUGUUUGGACACUGUGUUGUUCUCUUCGUGACCUACAGUGUUCACUUCCAUUCUCUGUUCUACAUCCUGUGGUUGGUCAUUGGAGGACUCUCAACAUUACGUAUGGUUGCUGCUCUGAUUUCCCGCACUGUGGGGCAUACACCACGCCUCAUCCUGUGUGGGACAGUCGCCGCUCUGCACAUGCUCUUUUUGCUUUACCUGCACUUUGCCUAUCACAAGAUUGUCGAAGGUAUUUUGGACACCCUGGAAGGCCCCAAUGUGCCCCCGAUUCAGCGAGUUGCCCGGGACAUCCCUGAAGUUUCAGUGGCCCUGGUGAAUGCCACAGUAAAGAUGGUUGGCAUCACUCUGCAGUCCCAUUAAUAACGAAACGAACUCUUGAAACUGCACAAGCAAUGAUUAAUAGUCCAUCUUUGGCAAAGGGCCGAGUUCAGUUUAUAGUUGUUUUUGUUCUUAUUUUCAACCUUGACUUUUAUUUCAUGUUGUUUUUAAUGGGUAACCUCUUUUUGGUAACAUCGAAUAAGCAAUGUCUUCAUUUUAUAUUUCAAAAUAACUUGUGUAAGGGUGUUUUAGUGCAGUGUAAGAGGUAAAAAAAAAAAAACUUAAUAAACCAGCAGACAUAUAUAUAUAUAUAAUUGAAAUAAUAAGCUUUUCCUAAAUUCAUGCAACGGGUUGCUUAAUUCUAUAUUUCUGUACAGUUACACAUUGGUAGCUUUGCAUCAGAGCCUUAACCCAGGGCUUGACAGUGGGUCAUUAGAGAGCAAGCAAGACACAUAUAUGAUAAUGUAAUCUCACGCCAUUCCCAGGUCCAUUAUGUCAUUUUAUUAAAUUUUUUUCCUGUAUUAAAAAAAAAAAAAAAAAAAAAAAAAAAAGUAUUAUGGGUCUGUUAUUAAAUUUGAUUUGUUAGGCAAACAAAAAAAUGCUUUGUGGCAUCUAGGUAAGAGAAGAAAAGACUUCAGGAUCUAGAUCUAACUUCUUUUUAUGGCGUUGAUGUACAAAGAUCAAGUCAGUGUCACGCCUCGGUGGCUCCCAGCAUCUUCCAUUGAACUGCAGUGUAUUAAUGGCAACUAGGCUGCACCUAUGGUGCAGCAAUCUCCAGUUACUUCCCUGUAAUUGCAUGUGGAUUCCCUGUUGAAUUGGGUCUUCGUUCAUAGCUUGGGAAUGGGGUUAUGUUAAUAUUGGAUUGUACAUUAAUGUUCCUUUAUCAUGGGUUUACUUUCUUAUGUAUUAUAGUUAUUGUACAGAAAAUAAAAAAUACAAUAUUCAAGAA